AUGCUUUCUCUGGCCCGCAGGACGGGCGUGUCUCUGGCCCGCAGGACGGGCGGGUGCACCCGCAGGUCGGGCACCAGUCUCUGCCAGACCCGCAGGUCCAAGGGGGUGCACCCGCAGGUCGGGAACGUGUCUCUGUCACACCCGCAGGUCGGGUUCCAGCUGCUUGUGGCGCUGCUCCAGUGGGGGGUGCGAACGUGCCGUAUCAAGGAUUGCUCGCUCUGUGCUCCGUUUCUGUCUGGGCAGGCCGGCUCGCCGCGUGCACUUGCGGUGUCCUUCGCCGCGGGUGAGGUUCAGGCUUUCGUGCACGGUCUGCCACAAGGGUCUCUUUGUGGCGCGGGUGCUGACGCGGCCGUUCAGUGGUGCGAGUUCGUGCUUGCGGUGGACGAGUCGCCCAAGGCCCACCACGACCUCUUUUGGUACCUGUCGGUGGGCAGGCUCGUCGCGGAGAAGAUGAGCUCCAUCUCGCCGAAGGAUCUGGGCGAGGCUUGCAUUCGCGACUUGCUUGCGGCGACCGUCAAGCCAGGGGAAAAGCCCUACACCGGGGAGUCCGAGCCAGCCGUCUUCAAGGCGUGGGCCGUGGAGCCCUCGCAGCUUGCCUUCGCCUACCGGCUCCAGCGCAAGUGCGCAGCCACAGUGCCUCAGGAGGCGACGCCGGAGAGCAAGCUGGCGACUACGAUGACCGCGUAUCUCGAGGCGCAGGCCGCCAGCGAGAAGGUGAAGCUCUCGGCGAAGGCGCUCUCCUUCAAGCUCUCAGACAGGGUCAAGGUGCUGGGAAUGGACCAAUUCCCCCAGGACGUCCUCCCGUCCGAGGAGAGCCUCGCGGUCUUCGAGGCAGCCGGCCGCGUGGCCAGAGAGAAGGGGCGGCUGUACGUCGGCAGUGCCGAGGGCGAGGAUCUCCAGAGGAAUUUUCGGCCGGCCUGGUCGAGGAUUCCGCGUAUCGACGUGCCUGUCGGUGACGGGUCUGUGGCUGAGCGUCAGCGCCAGAUGGCCGAAUUGAGGCGUGUCCGGGCUGCGUCGGAGCUCGACUACCCCGGGUACGCCACCUUCCACGCUCACAUCAUGGAUUGGGGCGUCAAGCUCAUUCUGAUGAAGGCUGCCACGCCGCUUGAGGUGCUCACCUACUCGAUCUUGCUGACUAAGGUCGCCGAAGAGGAAGGGGGCGUGCGCACGGCGUACCAGUACGACAUCCUGGUGCGCACGGCCAUGGCCAAGGCUUUGGAGCGCGGUGACCCAGACUGGAGGCUCUACUUCACGAAGGUCGACGCAGACCUCGCGAAGCAGGCGAAGCGGAAGGUCGAGGACAGAGCGGCUGAGGCUGCGCGGACGCUCGCUGGCAAGAGCGCUGGCAAGGGCGGCAAGUACGGCAAGAGCGAUGGCGCGAGCAGCGCUGCUGCGGCGUCGGCGCCGCGGUCUCUCUCGCCUCUCGCGCCGCCGCGCUCCCGCAGCCCCUGGCGCAACCAGGGCGGCCGGCAGCAGAGCGGCAGCGGCUGGGCCCAGGGCGGCUGGCACCAGGGCAACAACCAGGGCAACUGGAAGCAGGGUGGCUGGCAGCAGGGGCAGCGCAAGAAGUGA